AUGGAUCUGGACCACCCGGGACCACCUUCCCCGCUCCCCUCGCAGCCCAUCCCCCCUCGAGGGAACCUUGUGGGGCUGGCAUCCCCAGGGGUCUUCUCUCCCGCCACCGUGUCCUUCAUCCCGGAGGGAGCCAUUCGCUACCAGCCAGAGGGAUCGAGCGGAGUAUCGUACGUCGGCGGGAACGUGCCCAGCGGGACGCGGAUGGACUCUCUGGGGGAAGCGUUCCAUGCUCGGCUGAAGCCAGACGGGUCGCGCCGAAGAGCCGAGACGGAGCCACAAGAACAGGCCGGCGGGAGACCGAUCCCGCCUCUCUCCUUGGAGAUCAGCCGGGUCCAGCCGGAGGGCUCGGGGCCGUCUGGGUAUAACACACCGACUUUGCGUUCUCCAGUAGAGCUGCGCCCCUUGUCCCCUGGAUCGGGCAGCUCCUCUUCGCUCUCCAACCUCUCCCCGUCCAUGAAACUUAGCCAAUCCCCAAGCAGGGGGGCCCUUCCUGACCUCUGCGCCUUGGACCCCCUGACCUCGGGGAUUCUGGCCACCGUGGAACUGAAGGACUCCCUCCCCAAGGCCGAAUCCAGCGACCACAUCUGCCUGAGUCGGCCGGGUUCGUCCCACCGCUUGGGCUCUCUCUCCAAAGCCAUCUCCAGCGAGUACCUCUCGGGGGGCCGGGUGGGGCCUUCCAAGUCUGCCAUGCUCGCCAAGGCCGAGUCGGAGGAGCUGACUUCCUACUCCAGGGUCCGUCUCUCUCCCCAGCUGCAAGAACCGCGGGGCAACAGCAGUAACCGCACGGAGAACUUCCUGGAACGAUUCGGCCGGCCGCAAACGAGGCAGGACAAGGAGUUUCGGAUCACGGUGGUCACGUGGAACGUCGGUACCUCCAUGCCUCCAAGCGACGUCACCUCCCUCCUUCACCUCAGCCCCGGGGACUCCUGCGACAGUGACAUGAUCGCUAUUGGGUAAGGCGGAGGGAAGACACACCCCCAUUUGUGGG